AAAUAAUCAAAAAAGGAUCAGGAUUACCUCUUGCAUUAUGCAAUCUGCAAUUGAGAAGAUCAAAGAGAAAAGGUCCAGUAUUGCUGUAACAAUAGGUAUUGUUGCCGGGGUGAUUGUUGUCGCUAUCCUUAUUGUUGUUGGUGUUGUCAUAGCGAGGCGGGGCAAAGGACCUGCUGCACCCCUGACCCCACUAGAGAGAGCCAGCAAGGUGCUGAAACGAUAUCCUCUUAUUGAUGGACACAAUGAUUUACCAUGGCAAUUCAGGAAAGUUGGAAACAAUGUCACAAUGUUAGAUUUACGCAAGAAUCUAUCUGGAAUCGUCCAAACAGACAUUCCAAGACUUGAAGCAGGCCACGUUGGAGGACAGUUUUGGGCCUCUUUCAUCAAUUGCCGUAAUCAGUACAAAGAUGCUGUGAGGGGCUUCCUUGAGCAAAUGGAUGUCACUAAACGAUUCAUCGCAACCUACAGUGAUAAAUUCCAGUUUACCACCACUGCUCAGGGGAUCCUGGAUGCCUUCAAUGCAAACAAGGUGGCUAGUCUGAUAGGAGUAGAGGGUGGACAUGGGAUAGACAGCAGCCUUGCGACACUGAGGAUGUUCUAUGACCUUGGGGUCAGAUAUAUAACCUUGACACACUCCUGUAACACUCCCUGGGCUGAUUCAUCUGCUCAAGACUAUAAAUCAUUUGACCCUGCCAGGCCAGGUAUCAAUGCAUUUGGAGAGAAAGUAAUCCAUGAAAUGAACAGACUUGGUAUGUUGGUGGACCUCUCCCAUGUUUCCAAGCAGACCAUGUUACGCGUUCUGAAUGUUACAAAAGCACCAAUCAUAUUCUCUCAUUCCUCAGCUUACGCCCUCUGUCACCACACACGAAAUGUACAGGAUGAUGUAUUGGAAUUAACUAAACAAAAUGGUGGCAUUGUCAUGGUGACUUUUGUUCCAAUUUUCAUCAAUUGCCCACCUAGUAACCAGAGUGUAGCAGUACUAUCACAAGUGUCAGACCAUAUAGACUAUAUCAAAAAUAAGAUAGGAGUAGACUAUGUUGGAAUAGGAGGCGAUUAUGAUGGGGUAUCGAGGCUUCCAGUGGGUUUGGAAGAUGUCUCAAAAUAUCCAGAUUUAUUUGCUGAUCUGAUUGAAAGAAAGAAUUGGAGUGAUGAAGACUUGGAGAAAUUAGCUGGUCGCAAUAUCAUGAGAGUAUUUCGUAAAGUAGAGCAGGUGAGAGAUGACUUGAAACGACAAGGAGUAACCCCCGAUCAGAGCCUCAUUCCCAACUCUGACAUCACAGAUGUAGUCAACACAACAUGUCGCAUUAAGGCUCCUAGACCUUGAAAUGGCAUUAUCUCCUAUGAAAUUGAUGUUUUAAUAGUGAAUAGACAAAUAUAUUGCAUGAGUUUAUAUGGAUGGCUAGUACAGAGACACUCUGGUUGUGUGAUACAAUGCGUGAAUAUAGAAAUAUAUUGCUCAUGUGACAUUUGAUGUUUCUUCACAAAGAUCUUUCAGGAUGAAAAGCAACAUGAAACAGUCAAUUUGACCAAAAGGCGUCAAUUUAAUUUGAAUUAUUGUAGCUAAAUUAAUUGAUGCUAUUUAAUAUUUGCAGGAUUUGCUCAAUUUCAAAUGAUGGCGGCUAUUUAAUUUUGCAGAUU